ACGACAUUGAAUUAAAAGCCGCAUUGGCCUCGGUCGCUGUUAAGCAAAAUCAAUACUAGUUAUUCGUUUUGAGAUUUUUUACGUACCUGCAAAACGGUAGAAAAAAUUUGAAAUGAAGUGUUCAAACACAAGUUGUGGCUGGCAGGGCCAAUGUAAUUUUUGCCAGUCAUGUGGCAAUAAAAUGAUGCCAUUCGCCCAAGAAGAAAUAUUUAUAACAUGUAGCGGCACUUUGGACGGCAAGGUGUGUGGAUCAGAGCUGAAACAGUCGCAGAAGUUUUGUACUAAAUGUGGGACUCGAAUCGAUAAAAGUUUGUUUGCUAGUCAGCAAGAAAUAUGCAACGAGUGUGGAACUAUUCUUAAUGCAGAUUUCUCAUUUUGCCAGGAAUGUGGACUGAAAAGAGGUUCUGUUGUACGCCUAGACUCGCAUGGCAAGGAAAAACAGUCUAAAAAUACUAGUGCGAGUGAUGAAAAGCCGGUUUCACCAAUCGAGAAAAAAUCACACACUUCCAGUUUGAAUGUUAUUCAGAGCAAUACAUUACCGUUAGAUCCAAAUGGAAUUGAAGUAUCAACCGAGGGGGCAAGUGCAAAUGAACAGGAUGAAAGACGUGUUGGAAAUAUAACUUCAGAGAAUGCACAUGUUUCCAGUUCUAACGAUGAUGUCAUAACGGCAUUUAGCGAUGAAAGCGUAGAAAAUGUCCAUUCACAACUUGGUUAUUCCUCGGUACUGUUAAAUGAAAGCAAUGAAGACGCAACGUUUACACAGGAUGGAAAAAGUGUAGAAGAUGAAGCUUCAGAUAAGGCACGUGCUGUCUGUUCUGAUGCUAGUGCCAUAUUUGAUGGCGGAGGUGACUCAAUCAGUGUCGAAAACCCCAGUUUUCAUACUCAGAUUGUUGAUCCAAUGUAUGAUACUUGGACAGCGACAGUUGAAAACAGUUCUCAACGCGUAAAUGAACAGAAAGAUGACCAUGUUACCUGUUCUUAUGCUAGUGCCAAAUCCGAUGAGGAAGGCGACUCACACAACAUAGAAAAUGUCCAGAGUUCUUGUGGUACAUUGGAUGUUGUUACAAUGACAGAUGAAGGAAAAGAGGAUGUGAACACUAAUGACGAGCAAGGGUCAGAGAAAACAGUGUUGGGAAAACAAAUUAUAGAAGGUGACAAGGAAAGAGAAGGACGUAGUAUUCUGAAGACCACUGUGGAAACACCUGCAAUUAAUGGCGUAGAAACAGAUGAAAACGCGAACAUAGAAAGCAAUGGUGCAGCCAGUAAUGAAACAGAUUUAUCACAAACUGAAGAUAACUCGGACCUAAAGCAAAUGCUGGAUACAUGUGAUCAAGAGACACAAUCCCUUGAAGCCCAGUCACUGGACUAUUCAUGCGAUAAGUCAGGCCGUGAUGAGAAAACAAAAGAAAACAUCGCUCAUAAAAGGAAACAUGAAGAUAAUCGAGGCAGCAGUAAAGCUAAAUCAAUAAAGAAAAGAGACCGAAAGAACAGAAGUCAUGCCGACAAAUUCAGUCUGAGCACACAAGUCCGAAGACAAAAAGAGGCAGGUUUGAAAAAGAAUUGCAACGCAGCGACGGAAGCUGGUACUGAAAUAGUCUCAGAUGGAAAAGAGGAAGAAUCAUCUUUGAUCAAAGGACAUAAUGACGACUUGAGUAAAUUUUCAACAGAAAAUGCAGAUUUUGUAUUUGGGCCUGUAAACAGAAACGUGAACAAUCAGAGAUACAGUGAUAUAGUAGAAAAAUACAGCGUGAUCAACCCACCUGAUCCUUCUAAGCCCAGUUUUUUUCAGCAACCGGAAAUUACCAAGAUAUCGCAAGAGCCCAAGGACAGAACUAAUUGUGAGAAUAAACUAGAUGAAACUUCUACCUCUAACGGGAAAAUUUUGAGUGACGAACAGAAAAGGCCAAAUUUAGAGUCUGAUGUAAGACAGCAUAUGGAAACAGACGGAGAAACAAAAGUGGAAAAAAAGACAAAGGUUUGUUUUAUCCGGCGUGUAUACACGUUUUUACAUGAAGUAUUUUCAGAAAAUAGACUAUUUCAUAGUUGCGCCAUUUUUAUGCUACCCCACCAUUUUUUUGGCAGGGCGGAUAAACGACUACAGGUCGUUUAA